GCUUGUAUUUUGCCUUCACAUUCAAUAUCGCUUUCACAGAGAUAUUCACAGCUUGUUAUUUUGUUUUCACUCUUUUCGGUUUAGCAACUCCGGUUUAAAAGAUACCAAAAUCAAUGCCAACAAACGUUCCUGAUCAUGCAGAGAAGAAGAACAAUUUGGUGGGCGUCGAGUUUCUUUUGGAACUCCCCAAAACCCUAAGCAAGUCAAACAAGAAAUGGCAAUUAGCAUUCAUCAAGAUCUACUGCUCAAGAACUCUCCUCAACUGCGCCAAACACACCAUCCAAAAACCCGGUUUGUUCACUCGUUCCCUUUCCUACACCACCAUUAAUCUUGACCAUCACCAAGAUCAUCACGGAGACUUCAAGAUCGAUCAAGAAACACUAAACGAUCUCGUCAAAAACAAGAACCAAGAGAAACUCGACUCUCUUGGUGGUCCUAACGGCUUAGUCUCAGCUCUCAAGACAAACACGCGUCUCGGGAUCAACGAAGAAGCCGACGAGAUCCAGGUUAGGCGUUCAACGUUCGGGUCCAACACUUACACAAGACCUCCAUCGAAGAGUCUCAUCCAUUUCGUGAUCGAAGCUUUCAAAGACCUCACGAUUCUCAUCCUUUUAGCCUGCGCAACGCUCUCUCUCGGGUUCGGUAUCAAAGAGCACGGAUUAAAAGAAGGAUGGUACGAUGGAGGAAGCAUAUUCGUAGCGGUUUUCUUGGUGGUUGCUGUCUCUGCGGUCAGCAACUUCAGACAGAACAGACAGUUCGACAAACUCUCCAAAGUAAGUAGCAACAUCAAGAUCGAUGUCGUAAGAAACGGACGUCGUCAAGAGAUUUCGAUCUUCGACAUUGUCGUUGGAGACAUCGUUUGUUUGAACAUCGGAGAUCAAGUUCCAGCGGAUGGAGUGUUCGUCGAAGGACACUCGUUGCACGUCGACGAAUCAAGCAUGACAGGAGAAAGCGAUCACGUCGAGGUAAGUCUAAACGGAAACACGUUCUUGUUCUCAGGGACUAAAGUCGCUGAUGGGUUUGGUAAAAUGGCGGUUACUUCCGUUGGAAUGAACACAGCUUGGGGACAGAUGAUGAGUCACAUCUCGCGUGACACAAACGAGCAAACUCCAUUGCAAACUCGUCUCGACAAGCUUACUUCUUCGAUAGGUAAAGUCGGUUUACUCGUAGCGUUCUUGGUUCUUGUUGUUUUGUUGGUCCGUUACUUCACGGGAAGCACGAGAGACGAGAGUGGAAACCGCGAGUAUAACGGAAAGAAGACGAAUAGCGACGAAAUCGUGAACGCGGUGGUUGAAAUGGUUGCGGCUGCGGUUACGAUCAUCGUGGUUGCGAUACCUGAAGGAUUGCCAUUAGCUGUGACAUUGACAUUAGCGUAUUCGAUGAAGAGGAUGAUGAAAGAUCAAGCUAUGGUGAGAAAGCUCUCUGCUUGUGAGACAAUGGGCUCUGCAACGACGAUUUGCACCGAUAAAACCGGUACUUUGACGCUUAACCAAAUGAAGGUAACCGAUUCCUGGUUUGGUCUCGAACCAGGAACUUCUUCUUCUUCCUCUUCUCUGUCUCGGAAAGUUGUGGAAUUGUUUCAUCAAGGAGUUGCAAUGAACACUACAGGGAGUGUGUUCAAGGCUAAUUCAGGAACAGAGUAUGAGUUUUCCGGUUCUCCGACGGAGAAAGCGAUUCUGAGCUGGGCGGUUGAGGAAUUGAAGAUGGAUAUGGAAGAAGUGAUUGAAGAACACGAUGUUGUUCAUGUUGAAGCUUUUAACUCAGAGAAGAAGAGAAGUGGCGUAUUGCUGAGGAAGAAGAAGAAGGGAGAGAUCACAGUUGUUCAUUGGAAAGGAGCUGCAGAGAAGAUUCUAGCUAUGUGUUCUACCUUCUGCGAUGGUUCUGGAGCUGUAAAAGAGAUUGAUGAAGAUGAUAAGAUCAAAUUCGAGCAGAUCAUUCAAUCAAUGGCAGCUAAAUCCCUACGUUGCAUCGCGUUUGCGUAUUCAGAGGAAGAAGAAGAAGAGAAGAAGAAGCUAAAAGAAGAGAACCUGACUUUACUCGGAAUCGUCGGAAUCAAAGAUCCGUGUAGACCAGGAGUGAAGAAAGCCGUCGAGGAUUGCCAAUUCGCCGGAGUAAGCAUCAAAAUGAUAACCGGAGACAACAUAUUCACGGCGAGAGCAAUCGCCGUAGAGUGCGGGAUCUUAACACAAGAAGACGAGACGAACAAAGAAGCUGUAUUAGAAGGAGAGGAGUUUCGAAACUACACACAACAAGAGAGAUUAGAGAAAGUCGAGAGAAUCAAAGUGAUGGCGAGAUCUUCCCCUUUCGACAAGCUUUUAAUGGUGAAAUGCCUCAGAGAGCUAGGUCACGUCGUGGCGGUCACCGGAGACGGAACAAACGACGCGCCGGCGUUAAAAGAAGCCGAUAUCGGACUCUCGAUGGGGAUCCAAGGCACGGAGGUUGCGAAAGAGAGCUCCGAUAUAGUGAUCCUCGACGAUAAUUUCGCCUCCGUCGCGACGGUUCUCAGAUGGGGGAGAUGCGUUUACAACAACAUCCAGAAAUUCAUACAAUUCCAGCUCACCGUAAACGUCGCGGCUCUAGUGAUCAAUUUCGUGGCGGCGAUUUCCGCCGGAGAAGUUCCGUUGACGGCGGUUCAGUUGCUGUGGGUGAAUCUGAUCAUGGACACUCUCGGCGCUUUGGCUUUGGCUACGGAGAAACCGACGAACGAUCUGAUGAGGAAGAAACCGAUCGGUAGAUUCGCUCCUUUGAUCACGAACGUCAUGUGGAGGAAUCUAUUGGCUCAAGCGUUUUAUCAGAUCGGUGUGCUCUUGGUGCUUCAGUUUCGAGGGAGAUCGAUUUUUGGAGUGAAUGAGAGAGUGAAGAACACUUUGAUUUUUAAUACGUUUGUGCUGUGUCAAGUGUUUAACGAGUUUAACGCGAGGAGCUUGGAGAAGAAGAAUGUGUUUAAAGGGAUACACAAGAACAGGCUCUUCGUUGGGAUUAUAGUAGUGACUGUGGUUUUGCAAGUUGUUAUGGUUGAGUUUCUCAAGAGGUUUGCUGAUACCGAGAGGCUGGAUUUGGGUCAGUGGGGAGUUUGCGUGGCCAUCGCGGCUGCGUCGUGGCCGAUCGGAUGGUUGGUGAAGUCUGUUCCGGUACCGGAGAAACACUUCUUUAGCUACCUGAAGUGGAAGAAGAGAGCAUGAGGAAGCUAUGAUUUUUCUUUCUAGUAUACUAUUGAUUUGUUUUUUUAUAUAUAACUAUUUGAUCUGAAUAACAUUGAAAACGAUUCUUUUA